CUCACGUAGUACGCCGGCAUAUUUCAGUCGCAAACGUUCGACGAGAGUCGAAAGUCAAGAGUGCUUGAGCGGAUUUUGAACGAUUCUAGGUGCAGAUACAUAGCUCAACGCGGAGAUGCGCAAUCUCAGCCGCUUUCGACUGAUCACCUUCGAUGUGACCAAUACACUGCUCCAGUUUCGAACCACUCCCGGCAAGCAGUACGGAGAAAUUGGAGCCCUCUUCGGAGCCAGAUGCGACAACAAUGAGCUGGCCAAGAACUUCAAGGCCAACUGGUACAAAAUGAACCGAGAUUAUCCAAACUUUGGACGCAGCACUCCCCAGAUGGAGUGGCAAAAUUGGUGGCGUAAGCUGAUAGAAGGUACUUUUUCGGAGAGCGGAGCCGCCAUUCCAGACGAAAAGCUGCAGAACUUUUCCAACCAUCUAAUUGAGCUGUUCAAGACCUCCAUUUGCUGGCAGCCAUGCAACGGCAGCGUGGAACUGCUGCAGCAACUCCGCAAGGAUCUAAAGCCGGAGAAGUGCAAGUUGGGGGUGAUAGCCAACUUUGAUCCUCGGCUGACGGCCCUGCUGCAGAACACCAAGUUGGAUCAGUACCUAGACUUUGCGGUCAACUCAUACGAGGUGAAAGCCGAAAAGCCAGAUCCACAGAUCUUUCACAAGGCGAUGGAGAAGGCGGGCCUGGAUAACCUUCGGCCAGAGGAGUGUCUACACAUCGGAGAUGGCCCCACCACGGACUACUUGGCCGCCAAGGAGCUGGGCUGGCACUCGGCGCUGGUGCACGAGAAGAGCUACGCCUAUCUGGUCAAGAAGUACGGCGAGGACAUCGACCGGGAUCACGUCUUCCCCAGCCUGUAUGACUUCCACAAAAAGAUCACGGACGGCGUGGUGGUCUGGUGAACGAUUGUGCAUUUAUUAAAGUUGAAAAGCCAAA